AUGAGAGUUGCCUCCAUCUUCAAUAGUCAGACCAGCUAUCCCCAGGGUUUUCAGCCUCCUGAGCUGGAAGAUAAGGACAGAGAGCAGGACAACGCCCCCAUAAUCCAGGAGGUGGUAGUUAAUGAUCUGCUUCUGCACCUGGACACGCACAAGUCUGAUGGGAUCCACCCUAGAGUGCUGAGGGAGCUGGCAGGGGAGCUUGCUAAGCCUUCCUCCAUCAUUUGUCAGCAAUCUUGGUCAGCAGGGGAGGUCCCAGAUGACUGGAGGUUGGCUAAUGUAACACCAAUCUACAGGAAGGGUUGGAAGAAGGAUGUGGGGAACUACAGGCAUGUCAGUUUGACCUUGGUACCAGGGAAGAUCAUGGAGAGGCUCGUCUUGAGCGAGCUCGCUUGGCAAGUGCAAGGUCGAGAGUUCAUUAUCCCCUCGUUGGCACACAGGUUCAUCGCCGAGAUGGUGGAUUUUUUUAUUCUGUUCUUUAUAAAAGCAACCAUUGUUUUAAGUAUUAUGCAUCUCAGUGGAAUAAAGGACAUCUCUAAAUUUGCCAUGCAUUACAUCAUAGAAGAAAUAGAUGAAGAUACAUCCAUGGAAGAUUUGCAGAAAAUGGUGGUAGUAGCUCUUAUCUACAGGCUACUAGUCUGCUUCUAUGAGAUAAUCUGUAUUUGGGGAGCAGGUGGAGCAACACCAGGGAAAUUCUUGCUUGGACUGCGAGUUGUGACAUGUGAUACAUCAGUACUUAUAGCGCCCAGCCGUGUGUUAGUCAUUCCAUCUUCUAAUGUCAGUAUGACAACGUCCACAAUACGAGCUUUGAUCAAGAAUUUUUCUAUUGCUUCAUUUUUUCCUGCAUUCAUUACACUGCUGUUUUUCCAGCAUAACAGAACAGCCUAUGAUAUUGUAGCAGGGACUAUUGUGGUAAGAAGAAAUGGAGUCAGAUGAUGCCAAGAGAUGAGAUUUCCAGACUGGUCUGGAACAUCCCCCUCCUACCCCCAAUGAACAAAGACCUACUGCAAAACUGAAAUUGAGGUGUCUGUCAGAAUCUUUUGCCCAAAUUAAAUGGGAACUGAUUUAGAAGCUAAAGAAAAUGUUUUGCUCCAGUGUGAUGCCAGCAGCUACCUUCAAAGUAUUGGAGUUUUCAUAAAGGCCAAAGAAGUCUGGGAGAACCAAUGUGUAUUAUAUCAGGAAGUAUUAACCUCAGAUGUGAAAGAAGGUGGCUGUAUUAACUGCAGACAGGAGCUUCUCUUUGU